CUUAUCUUCUCAACUCAUUUUCUCUUUCUAUUCAAGUUCAACUUCCUCCAGUAUCCAUCAUGACCCAUCCAGGAGCAUCAAAUCUCCCGACUACUAUCUCGAGUUCCGUCACGGGAGCUACAGCUGUAACAGGGGGCUUCGUGCAGGCCGAUGAUAGCUCCGCCCCGCAGUCAAAUUCGGUCGUCGAACCCGGUGGCGGUCUAGCUUCAUCACCCAACGUUCCUCAGCCUGGUACUUCAAUCAAUUCACAAACAGGUAAACCCCACACUGCCGGUCUCACGCGUGCUCAGCUCGAAGCGCAGAAGGCAGGAGAAGUAGCUUUCCAAGGUGGGCAAGGUUUUGCUGGUCCAGGCUUAGGGUCAUCACCAAAUGUUCCCAAGCCUGGGACGACAAUCAAUCCUGAGACUGGGAAGCCCCACACGGCUGGCCUUACAAGAGCGGAGCUCUCGGCUAAGAGAGCCGAAGAAGGGGCCGAGCAGGCAACCACCGAAUCGGAGCCCCCCUCCACUACCAUUCCCACUUCGGUAAAGCCAAUAAACACUGAAGCUGGUGAGCCUAAUACCGGCAGCCUCCCUUUAGGUGACCUCGAAGGGAAGAAGGCCCAAGCAAUCGCUGCUGCUACCCUCUACGCACCUGUUAUCCCUGUCGCUUCCAAACCAGCCGCCGAGGUUGACCCUGCAGACACAACUCAAGCGGGGGCCCUCUCAGCCAAAGAGGUCGAAGCUUUCAAGGACAAAGGCGCCGACCUUUUAGAUUCUGCCCCACAGACUGAACAGGUCAGGAGGGGAAGCGUCAAUAGUGUCGCGGAAGAGAACAAAGUGAGAAGACCUAGUGAUGUGAAUGGAAGGGAGCAAGCGGCCAGGCAGCUGGCGGGGCUUGUGCCAGAUACCAUAGAAACUGCUUCUGCUGGAUCAUCGACUCCUGGUCAGGAACUGCCUGGUGGAUGGGGUGCAAUCAAACCCACUCCUCUUCCUGGAUCAGGUCCUAAUGCCCCGACUUCACUCUAUGAAGAUGUCACUGAAGGUCUGGGUAAAAUGGGGCAAGCUGCUUUCUCUGUGAUCCCUUCCCCAAUCAAGGAUGCAUUCCACGGUCCAGGUUCUCCCAAAGGGCGACGAAGUUCUGCUACUGGAUUGAUCGAUCAGGCAAAGGCGCAAGCUAGUAAGGUAGCAGAAGGAUUGCAAGGGACUAUUCAGAAUACUCAGCGUCGUGCAUCAGCAAACUUUGGUCCCGAUGGAACAAUACGCAAGCAAGUUAUGAACUUUGUGGACGAAGCUUUCCAAAGUACCAAGGACGCUUCUGCGGCCGAAUUCGGUUUUAUCCACUCCGGCCCACAUGGUCGAGUAGCCAUUGUGCCUCGUGUAUCUCAUCCCACUGACGAAUUUGUCGGCGCUCAGCCUGGAGAACAUUCUGAUGGUGUCGGUGCUUUGCCUGGAACUGCCAAUGAGACUGGCGUGGCUGUCCUCCCUGAGGAGAAGAAGGUUGAUGCUGCAAAGGCCGCCAGCUCUGAAACCAAUCAAGGUGUCCGACCCGGCGAAGCUGUGGGCGUAGGUGCUUUAGCUGAUGUUCCUGUCGGAGCCGUUGCUGCCUCUCAAGCUGGACCUUCCAACACUCUCCCCCAAGCCAAGCACACAACGACCCACGCCGAUCAUGUCGCUGGUGUCGCACCCAGAACUUCCCUUCCUUCUGAUGAAUUCACCGGCGCUCUUCCCGGAGAACACUCUAGUGGUGUAGGUGCUUUGCCCGGGACAGUGAAUGAGGCUGGUGUCGCUGUUCUUCCAGAUGAGAAGACUCUUAAUGCUUCAGCUCCUUCCAGUGCCAUCAUCGCCAGUAUUGCAACUCCUGGCUCAUCGACUGCCGUGUCCGCAGAACCUUCGACUUCCGGUGCCGUUGCUCCGGCUAGUAUUACGGGUGCGCUCGCCAACUCCUCCUCCAACAGAGACCCGUCAAGUACUACCGUAACCGGAACUUCGACUUCUGCGGAUAACUCUUAUUCUCUCGCUCCCCCUCUCCCUGCCACUACGCUCGGUCUUGGUGCGGCUCACGGUGCUACAAAACUUGAUCCGGAUGGUACUCCCACCGCACCCGGUAGCACCACUACUACUACCUUGUCAAGCGCAACCACAUCCAUCUCUCCUGGCGAAAAGCAUUUCGCUAGCGAGACCACCCACGCCCAUGAAAGGACAAGUAGCGCUGCCAGCAUGACUGCUAUUGCUCAUGGAAGGGAGGGUAAGCCUCUUGACCGGGAAUUAGCGGCGAAAGAGUCGAAAAUUGCACCGUCACCCUUGGCAGAGUCUACCGUAGCUGAGGACCGGUCUGUAGUUAAUGGCAAGGAAACGGCUGCGGGGGUAACCACCAUUGGGCAGAAAUCAACCGCUCCGGCUACAAGUCACAUUACCUCCCUUACUCCUGGCAAAGAAGACGACGGAGUUGGUCACCCUUCUACGCAUAACAUCCCCGGAACAUCUCGCGAACCGGGGACUUACCCGACGCCCGACAAUGCGACGAACACGAAGGCUCCUGCCACUAUUGGUGUUGCAGGAUCUAAAAUAGGCCAGCACAAUGUUAAGGGUCCGAAUGAACCAGUUGAUGGGACUGGAACGGCUGGAGAGGCCGAUGCUUUGAUUAGCCAUGACGAUUCAGCCAAACAUUCCAAUGCCCUUAAGCCUGUCAAGGACAAAAUUACCGACCCUCAUGAUAAGACUUAUCCUAGUGACAGGGAGGUUGCCGAUGUGCCUGACAUCAAAACCACUGGGGAGGAUAACACCAAGGCUACAAAAUCUCCAGCUGCUCCUGGUAUAGAGUCAGCAGCUGAGAAGCUUAAGACAGAAAGGCCGACCACCCCCACCAAGGGGACAGAGACUGGACCUACCAUUCCUGUCAAGGGCCACACAGAAGCUGUGGACAAGAAGUCCACGGCAACUGCUGCUGGUACUGGUGCUGCUGCCGUUGGUGGUGCAGGUGCAGCUGGAGCAGGCACUUCCUCUACCAUUGCUCCUACUCACAAAUCUCAAUCCUCAACGGACAACCCCGUAUCGCCCACCACCAGUACAGGCUCCGGAACCACCCCCAAGAAGAAGACUGGUUUUAUGAAGAAGUUGAAGAAUAAGUUGGCGCAGAUAUGAUCAGCACUACAGAGGAUACGAUAGCACCAAUCAUUGCGAAGGUUAAGGAGUGUACUCCUAGGGAAGUGAAUGAAAGUAAUAAUACGAUAUUGUAAACAGUAGAAACAGGAAACCCGAACCAACGUUAUGUAUUAGCUUCAUAAAGAUUCCUAGCUCUCUUUAUGCCUAUUGAUAUAAUCUUUAAA